GAAUUGACAUCUGUCAAUAUUUUAGCGAAUGACAUUGUCUGUUGUCAAUCGUUGAGGUUGAGCUCGAGCGAGGUUGAGGUUGUAAAAGCAGCGAAUGAGCGAAGUACCCGGAUUUGUCUGUAUUCUGUAACCUGAUUUAGUCACUUAGGCCAAUUUAAAUCAUGAAUGACGACAAUGAAGUCUUUAGUAUAAAUUACAAAAAAUCUUUACAAUAUUGGGCAGACAUACCACCUACAGUAGAUGGAGUGCUUGGAGGAUUUGGAUUUAUUUCAAAUGCUGACAUAGAAGGAUCUGAGCUAUUCCUGAAGUCUUUACUUUCCUCUGAGAGUGGUCCUUCAACUAAAGUUGCACUAGAUUGUGGUGCUGGAAUUGGCAGAAUAACAAAAUAUUUAUUACUGCCCUAUUUUGAAUCAGUUGAUGUAGUUGAACCAGAUGAAAAAUUUAUUAAUUCUAUCAAAGAAUAUGUGGGUGAACUUGCACCAAAACUGGGUUCAUUAUACAAAGUUGGCUUGCAGGAAUUUGUUCCUGUUAGAAAAUAUGAUGUUAUUUGGAAUCAGUGGGUUUUAGGGUAUCUCACAGAUGAAGAUUUAGAAGCUUACCUAAUACGCUGCAGAGAUUCGCUGUCUGGAAAUGGAAUAAUUGUAGUAAAGGAAAAUGUUACUUCUUCUGGAAAAGUUGAAAAAGAUUCUACUGAUUCAUCAGUUACAAGGACUCUUAAACAAUAUGUCAAUAUAUUUAAAAAAUGUAAUUUAAAAAGAAUUAAACAGUGUAAACAAGCUAACUUUCCAAAUGGAAUAUAUCCAGUAUAUAUGUUUGCUUUAGUACCAAGUAAUAAAGAAUCAGAAAAAUUAAUGGAUAGAUAAAAUAAAUAAUAUUAACUUUAUUAUGAAGUUUUAAUAAAUAUAUUAAUUAAAUUUUACUUUGUCUGAAAAGAAAUGUAUGUAAUUACAAUAGAAAAACAUACAAGUACUUAGGAUUUUAGUAUUGGUUGAUUAAAGAUAAGAUUACAAGGUAUUGGUGCAAAGUAUAAAUGAAUACACUUUACAACAAUCCAUUGAUGAUAUUAUGUGGUUUGAUUUGUAUUGCUAUAAUAAUCCUGAAAGGAGCUGAAAGAAUGAAUUAAAAAUUGCGGUAGUCACGUGUAUACUAUUGAGAAAAGCUCUACUAGUUUCAAACCACAGAACAAACUAGUAGGCUGCGCGACACCGCGCCCGCGCACGCUGCUCAUGAGGAAGAACCCCUCUGUGGUUCGAAACUAAUAGAGCUUUGCUCAAUAUUAUACACUUGAGUAACCCGCGAAUUUUAGUUAAUUUAGCAUGUCUCACGAUAGUUAUUAUAAAAACAACGCUAAAAGAAGUUGCUAAGAACUUAGAAAAAAAUAUCAAUUAAAAAAUUGCAUUGGUUGGUACCUACAAAGUGUUGUUUUAAGGGAGUAUGGCAGCCACCUCCCUAUCCUAUAAAAUAGUCUUCUGUUUUAAUUUUAUUCGUAAUUAUUAGUAGGUACCUAAUUUUUUUUUAAUCUUAUACGUCCCUACCGCUUUUCUCUCAUCCCUCAUAAACAGCUACCAUGCCGCAACCAUUUACCUAUUGCACUUUUUGAGAUAAUGUGUCCAAAUCUGAGGACACGCCAUAGUAAAGCAAAAUGAUAACUCAGUUUGCUGAAUAAUCCUGGCCUUAUUUUAAUAGUGUGGAUUGACCGCUUGGUGUGUAGGUUGACCGGGUCACACGGUCAACCUACACACCAAGCGUUGUUUCACGCUUGUCACAGGCUACCAGCCGUGAUAAUGGUUUAUUUAAGGCUAGGUACCUACUUAUUUAUGACAUCUAUGUUCUAAGUUAUGCAUCGUUUGACAACUAUCUAUCCAUGCAUAAUACGGUAGUCUCCAACUAGGUAGGUACCUAAUCAAAUUCAAUACUUUUAUCCAAACGUCAAAAACGAUACUUUUCUAUGAAUUUUGUAUGAAAAACUGAGCUAUGACGUCAUAAUAUUUUUGCGUCAAAUAGCUUACUUAUU